UGUGUGAUGAGAGUAAUUUGAAAUCAGUCCUCAUCCAGUAGUUCACAAUCAAUCAAGCUGAAUUCCCACUGCUCCACUCCCUCUCUCUCUCCACUGCCUCCGAGCUGUGCCCACUCUAUGUGUGAGCUUCUGAAGAAGAAGAAGAAGAAGAAGAAGACGAAGCAGCAGCUCCCUACUCUCAGCACUGCGUAAUCAGAAAUGGCAUACAUAUGUACGGACAGCGGAAAUCUAAUGGCGAUCGCCCAGCAAGUCAUCCAGCAGAAGCAGCAACAAGAGCAGCAGCACCAGCACCAGCACCAGCACCAGCAACAGCACCUCCUCACCCCCAACCCCUUCUGGCCUCCCUCCUCCUAUGCCCCCUUCCCCGUCUCCGACCCCUUCCCCGUCCCCUCCGCUCCCGACCCCGCCUUCCACUUCCCCAACCUCGAUCACCCCUCCACCCUCUUCCGCCUCUCCGACGAGUUCGACUCCGUCGAGUGGAUGGAAAGCCUCAUGUGCCCCGCCGCCGACUCCACCGACACCCAAUCCGAUUGGCACCCCACCCCCCUCUACCCCUCCGACCCCUUCCCCCCUCCCUCCGAUCUCAUCUUCUCCCCCUGGGCCCCACCCUCCUCCGAUCCCCCUCAAUCUCACCCCUCCAAAGACGACCAAUCCCCCAUUCUCUCCGCCCUCAUCGACUGCGCCUGCCUCUCCGACUCCGACCCCGAAACCGCCUUCAAAUCGCUGAUCCGCCUCCAGGACUCCGUCUCCGACCAUGGCGAUCCGCUCGAGCGCGUCUCCCACUACUUCUCCCAAGCCCUCUACACCCGCGUUUACCAGCAAAGAGACAAAUCCUCCUCCUCCGCCUCCGCCGCUACUUCUGCUGAAGAAUUCACUCUAUCCUACAAGGCCUUCAACGACGCCUGCCCUUACUCCAAAUUCGCCCACCUAACCGCGAAUCAAGCCAUCCUCGAAGCCACGGAGAACGCCACCAGCAUCCACAUCGUCGAUUUCGGCAUUGUGCAGGGGAUCCAAUGGGCCGCCUUCCUGCAAGCCCUAGCGACCCGACCCGCCGGGAAACCCAAACGCAUCCGGAUCUCCGGCAUCCCCGCCCCGGCCCUCGGCGAUUCCCCUGCCCCGUCGCUGCUCGCCACCGGCAACCGCCUCCAGGAAUUCGCCAAUCUGCUGGAUCUCGAAUUCGAAUUCGACCCGAUCCUCACCCCGGUCCACGAGCUCACCGCCUCGAGCUUCCGCGUCGACCCGGACGAGGCCGUGGUGGUCAAUUUCAUGCUUCAAUUGUACAAUCUGCUCGACGAGAGCGACGACGGCGUUGAGGCCGCGCUGAAUCUCGCGAAGGGAUUGGAUCCGUGUGUUGUCACAUUGGGGGAAUACGAAGUGAGCUUGAACCGGGUCGGGUUCUUGACCCGAUUCAAGAAUGCGCUCAAGUACUACACCGCGGUGUUCGAGUCCGUCGAGCUGAAUCUAACACGUGAAGCCCCGGAGCGGAUUGAGCUCGAGAGGCUGCUGCUCGGGCGGAGGAUCGCCGGAGUGGUGGGCCACGGGAACCGGAAGAGGGAGAGGAUGGAGGAUAAGGAGAGGUGGAGGGUUUUGAUGGAGGGCGCCGGUUUCCGGCCGCUGGCGUUUAGCCAUUACGCGAUCAGCCAGGCGAAUAUACUUCUGUGGAACUACAGCAGCAGCAGGAUGUACAAGCUCGUUGAUUCUUCGCCGCCCGGGUUUCUGUCGUUGGCUUGGAAUGAGGUUCCUCUUCUUACUGUGUCUUCGUGGCAUUGAUCGUUUGUUUCGUGCCCUUUGUAUGAUCUAUGAUUUGUUGCUUGGCAUGAUCAAAAAGUGUUUAAUUUUGAAGAGAAAUGUUAGUCCAAUCUAAGAUGUAUGGAAGAUAGACUGUAGUAUAGCUUGAUAGUUUUGAAACUAUGUUUGUAAUCUCAUUUUGUUCAUCUCAUUGCAUCAUGAAAAUCCUUUAUUGAUAUAAUUAGUGCUUAAUUUCAA